CUCUCUCUCUCUAUUUUUAAUUUCUCCGUACAUUUCAAAAGGCAAGUCAAAUCGGAGGAACCCUGAAUCGACCCAUCUUCUUCUUCCUCGGUUCACUGCCGAUCCUAUGCUUAAUUUCUCUCACGAGGAAAAAUGAGUGAAGUCAUGGCCGAAGCUUGUACAUCAACCCAUGAGCGGCAGCAGCAGCAGAUUACAACCAGCACCGCCAGCACUGCAACCGGAGGAGCUCCACCUCCUCAUCGGAGGCCGCGGGUAAGGGAAGUGAGCUCCAGGUUCAUGUCUCCGGUGGGUUCUUCUUUGUCGUCUGGAGAUUUCCAUCUUUUAGCCUCCAAAUGCCCCACUCCCAAACAGAACCAGCAGCAGCGCUCGCAGUCCGUGCAGAGGCGUCACGUAGGCCCGGACCCAUUGUCUACCGCCGACGAGAACAGGUUCGAUAUCCACCUAAGCUCUGAAACCCCUCAGUGCUUACAAAGAAAAGCAGCUCUUCCAGUGCAGCAGCGCAAACAACGCGCCGUGAAGCUCUUCAAGGAGAACGAAUGCAGCAGGGAGCAGCAGCUGCAAGAUCCCGAGGCCAUACACUUGAAAACAUUAAGUAGCGGCAAGUUCCCAACGAGAAUCUGUAGCGUUUCCCAUUCUAGACCAGACACGCCCACAGUUCAUAGCUUGUACAGGGCGACCACCACCGCCAGACCGGUCCAUCGGUCCACCAACAUCGCCUCUAUAGCAACCACCGCUGCUGCAAAGCUGGUCCAAUCGAGUGGGUUGGCUGCGGCUUCGGUCCAUGAGAUUUCUUCUCGUGUGGAUGAUUGUGAUCUAGCACAUUCGGAUACCGAAACAGAAAAUUCAACCAUCAGUGAUUGCUCUGAAACGAAACCAUGCUCUAGUUAUUCUCAAGGAAGCAUGUGCAGUAGUCCUCCAAUACCGCCACAAAACUCGAAGAUCCGUUGUCUUCCAGAUGUUCGCUUGUCGAUGCCAGAGGCGGAUCUGUUGCCCGCCAUGUCUUCGAGGUUAGUAGCGGGGAGAAAUUUCAAGCAAAGAGAUGGAGAUGUCGUGGGGGAUUCUUGCAUUUCCUCUGCUUCCCCUUGCUACCGUUCUUUGAAUACGCCAUUGUCGGGUUGCUGCGAAAAYUCUUUAUUGAGUCCCUCCAAAUCUUUGUACAAGUCAUCACAUUUUCUUUCCAAACAAAGUAUCCCUUCCAUGAAGACAAGUGGUGUCUGUCUUCCACCGCACCCGGCAAAUAUGAAGUUGGGAGCGGAGGCACGGAAAGGAAGGAAGGUUUCGAGUCAGCAAGAAAAUGUACAUACCUUUCGCCUUCUUCACAACCGUUAUCUGCAAUGGAGAUAUGCUAAUGCGAAAGCUGAAGCUGCUAUGAAUGCUCAGAAAAUUGCAGCUGAGGGAUCACUUUAUGCUCUUGGCAUCAAAAUAUCAGAACUGCAGGAUUCUGUGACAAGGAAACGCGUUGAACUUGAAAGGUUGAAAAAGACAAGAAUAUUAUCAAAUGUUCUAGAAUACCAAAUGUCAUAUUUGGAGGAAUGGUUUGCAAUGGAAAGGCAUUAUUCAAGUUCUUUAUCAGGAGUAGUUAAAGCUUUGGAAGAUGCCUCAGUCAGAAUUCCGUUCAAUGGUAAUGUGAAGGCUGACAUUAGAGAAGUAGGGGAAGCCAUGAACUCAGCAUUAAAUGUCAUGGAAAUAAUUUCCUCUAACCUUGGAAACUUCUGUCCAAAGGCUGAACAACUGGAUAAUUUGAUUUCAGAACUUGCAAGGGUGGCCAGCAGUGAAAAAACUUUAGUUGAAGAAUGUGGAGAUUUGUCAUCCAAGAUUCAGAUGUUACAGAUUGUGGAGUGCAGUUUAAGAGGCCAAUUGAUUCAAAUGAACCAUAGCAGUUUUGAUCAACCAAAAGAACAAUAAGCUUGAACUCUGUUGCUACCUCCUUUCUGAUCUUGUUGAACACAGGAGUCAAAAUCUCAUUUUUCAAGAUUGCAAGACAACAUCAAUUUAGCUACAAGUUCCAGCAGUUUGUUGGAAAUCAUUAUUUCUCCUCUGUCAUAUGUUUGUCCUUUCAAUAAUGAGAACCUAUGUGCUUCUCAAAUAUUUGUAAUUAACAUUUUCUUUAUUCUAGGGGAAAAUAAGUCUCCAAGGUAUCUUCCAUCCAUGUCAAUAAAGAAUCCACAGAACCCUCCUCUCAUGGAACAAAACUUUCUUUUUGUUAUUUUACUUUUCAUUUUGUGUAUCUGUAUGUUGGCAAGAAAAAGGAUGGUUAUAUAAAAAGUAAUGGUUAAAAACAAUAUACAUGCUGUUGCUUCUCA